GUUCCACAUCCACACCGAAACAGCUUUAACAGCUUAAGGUAGCUAUUGAAACUUACCUAAACUUAGGUACCUAACCUAAUAAGAAUCCAACUUAGGUUGUCCCCAAAAUAGCCAGCUUCCUCUUUAUCCUCAGCUCCGUCUUCUCUUUUUAAUACAUAGCGCUUAGAGGUCCCAUCUUAUCAAAAUGCCCGGAGACGAAAUCAAGCAUCCAACCCCAGCCGAAGCCUUCAAGCUUGCCGCUGACCAUGCCGCUCUGCUGCGGGGUCUGUUUCUCGAUCCUCGGUACAAGUACCUUCAAGACCCCACGCCAACUUUCAUAAAACCCAACCUCGACGAGACCCCCGCCGGUCUUUACUUCGUUUCCGACUUCGUUCAGAGGACUUAUGUCGAAUACGUCGUCCCCUUCCUACCAGCCGGCGCUACUCGAAAGUGCAAGGCCAUCGCUAACCCAUGGGCGUGGAAUGACCCCACCUAUCCAUGGGAGUGGGAGUGGGACGAGCAGACGUCGACGCUAAAGGAUAAAGAUGGCAACGUUAUCGAUUUCCCCAAGUUGCCGGAAGCUGAAGCUGUUAAUAAGAUGGGCGACGUGUUAGGUAGAGGGUUCAUGGCUCGGAAGAUAAUCCUCGAGAAUCGCACCGACAUCAAGGCUCGACUAAUGGUUGGAGGUCAACCCUUUGACUUUGGUAAAGAGGUGGAAGAUAUCGUGAAGGAGACGUAUCCUUUUUGAUAAGGAAGUCAUAAUAGACAGUAUGUUGACAAUGUUGGAUGUAUUAGACUAUGUCUACUAGGAUUGGGGAUCGAUUUGUCCGUGCUAUAGUCCAGAUAUGCGACGGAGGGUUUGAUGGGCCAUGUCCUGUCAUUAUGAAGUCCGGAAUAUUAUGGUCUCGAUUAGCAUAAAUUCUAGGAUUGAGACACUUUGUUUUAUCGGAUUUAGCUAGAAGAGAAUGCUCUCGCAAAUUCAAUAGGAUAAAAAGGAUAGCAAGGCUUCGUGCCUAAAAGAUUAUUACACAACAGUGAAACACGCUGACCGCAGAACCAAGCACUUCUCAACUAUAGUCGGCGAUCAGAUUAGCAGACAUUCUCUAACAGCCCCUACCUCUACCUCAAAGUUCAAUAGUUCUAGGUUGCUCAAAUAUAGUUUAAUAGGUGUCGAGGCUGGUACGGGUAGGUACUCAGUAGCAGCACACCUAAUACAAGCGGUCUGGGAUCUCUACCAAGGAGG